AUGUCAGGUGCCGAGGCGAGAAGAAUUAACCGAGAAAUGUUAAAGUUAGAAGAAGAUAAUGCUCCUAGAAUUGGAGCAAGCUUGAGCCAAUCCAAGGCAAGGAAACUUUCGAUGGUUGAUCUUGCUUGUCCACUCCAUUAUGAUCUCCAAGUCGAGGUUUUUGCUCGUGUCUCAUGUAUAGACUACUGGAAGUUGCAGUUUCUCAACAAACGAUUUUCGCAGUUGCUAAAGAGUGGUGCUAUUUUUAGGGUGAGGCAAGAACGCAGACUUGUGAAACCAUAUGUUGUUAUGGUUACAAGCUAUGAUAUCACUCGAUGGAUAAUGCACACAAUGAUUGUUGUCGGAAGAGAGUUGGAGGGCAUUGUGGUGUGGCGAUACGAACUAGAGAUGAAUAAGUGGUUCAAAGGUCCUGCAAUGAUUGCACCACGUGUCAUGUAUGGUUCUGCUAGCCAUGGGAACGAUGCUUUUUUCGCUGGAGGAAUUAAAUUUGACGAAAAUGGGAUCCCUGAGGUUGUGAGCAAAGCGGAGAAAUUUAGCGCUGAUACCAAAACAUGGACAGAGUUGUGA